UGGGGAGGAAAUACAGGAGAGCGUGGAGGAGAGCAGCCCCGAGACAGAUGGAACAGUGCCACCACAGCAUCCUGAUGCUGAGGAACCAGAGGUGCCUGAACCCACUCCAGCACCGCUGCCAGCACCAGAUGUGCAAGAACCAGCGGUGCCUGACACUGACACAGCUCCAGGAGUGACAGAACAGCUGGAAACGUCAGAUGCACAUGAACCAGAGGGAACCAUCGCUACCACACCACCACCAGUCUCCACAUCACCACCACCAGAGCCCACCACUGAGAAAACGGAUACAGAACAGCAAGAUGCAGAAGCUGUGACAGCAGAGAGUGAGGAUAUAGGACUUGAGUUACUGGAGGAGGGUGUAGAGCUGGAAGAGGUUGAGCAGGAAGCUGAAACUGAGCCUGUAGGGAGAGUAGAGGAUGUGGAAUCUGCACAGACGUCAAAGAAAGAGCCGGUGGAGAGUGUAGAGGUGGGGGAGGUAGAGCAGGAGGUAGUGGUACAGACAGCUGAAAGUGAACCUGUAGAGAGAGUAGUGGAUGUGGAAUCUGCACAGACGUCGAAAGAAGAGCCGGUGGAGGGUGUAGGGGAGGGUGAGGACAAAAUGAAGACAACUGAUGAUGAACCCAUGCAGAGUGUUGAGAAGGGAGAGACUAUCAAGACACCAGAGGAGAUGCCUGUGCAGACGAUGGAGGAGGAAGUGUCCAAGGAAGAGCGUGUGAAAGAGGAAGAGGUGCGCACGGAGAUCUCAUUAUCUGGGCAGCCGCAGUCAGAGCAGCAGCCACCGGCUACUACUACUGAAGAGGAUCAGGCAGGAGCUUUAGCAGAGGGGGCGGGUAGGGACGCAGAGCCAAAGCGUGUCAGUCCGGUGGAUUUGCCGGCGUCGGUAGAGGGAGGACAGCAGGUGGUGGAAGAGCCUAAAGAGGUUACCCGGGAUGAGCCUGCCCCUGCAGAGAGGGAGGAGGCAGCGCAGGAGGGAUGGAGCAGAGAGGGAACACGGCAGCCAAUCACGGUCGUGACAGUCGAGCAGGCAACUGCGGAGGGAGGUGCCGACAGGAAGGAAGAGCCAGUGCAGGCCGCUGACAAGCAGCCCACUGCGGCACCCGAGGAGGAGGGGAGGAGGAAGAUAGACGAGCUGAAGAAAGCCAUCCUAAAGGCAAGAGACGAGUCGAGGAGGAGGAGCCGGGUGACGGAGACGCCACAGGAAGACACCGUGCCCUCGUGGGUGCGUGCAAGACGCAAGUCGGAGGAACAGGAGCGCAAAGACGCCUCAGGUGAAGGAACCGUAACAGCUACCUCUCCAGCAGCAGUAGCAGAGGCUCCAGCUCCAACACCACCACCCCCCCUAGCAACGCCACCACCACCACCACCCCUAGCAACACCAGCACCACCCCCACCACCGGCAGCACCAGCACCAACGGCUCCUCCAUCACCCGUGACUUCUACUGCCACCACCACCACCACUAGAAUCCCCUUCAGAGAUAAGCAGGUCAGAUUUGAGAACGGGUUGCCUGGGCCAGAGAUUGCCGUGCUGACCAUCAGAAGGCCGACCCAGAGACCAAAGAGAAAGGAGGCUAAUCAAAACCUGAUAGAGAAGGAGAAAGAGAAGGGGAAAGACAACGAAAAGGACGAGAAGAGCCAAACAGAGAAAAAAAAGGAGGCCCCCAAGAAGGCAGUGAGGAUGGAGAGCCCUUUACCUCAGGAGGAUGAGCAAGACUCAAGCGCAAGUUCUGAUUCCCAGGACUAUGAGAUCUCCCUCUAUGUCAAGGCAGGCAGUGAUGGUGAGAGCAUUGGAAACUGUCCAUUCUCCCAGAGGCUGUUUAUGAUCCUGUGGCUUAAGGGAGUCAUUUUCAACGUCACCACUGUUGACCUCAAGAGGAAACCAGCUGACCUGCAGGACCUUGCCCCAGGCACUAACCCACCAUUCAUGACCUUCAACGGGGAGGUCAAGGUCGACGUGAACAAAAUCGAGGAGUUUCUGGAGGAGAAGCUCACACCCCCUCGAUACCCUAGACUGGCGGCUAAACACCCCGAGUCCAACACAGCUGGGAUCGAUGUCUUUGCCAAAUUUUCUGCCUAUAUCAAGAACCCACGCAAAGAUGCCAACGACGGUUUGGAAAAGGCUCUGCUGAAGUCACUUAAGCGCCUGGAUGAGUUCUUGCAGACCCCGAUGCCAGAAGAAGUGGACGCCAACAGCACAGAGGAGCAGGGAGAGUCCACCCGCAGCUUCUUGGAUGGGCCUGACCUCACACUUGCGGACUGCAACCUGCUGCCCAAACUACACAUCAUCAAGGUGGUGGCCAGAAAGUACCGCGGUUUUGAGAUUCCAGCCGACAUGACGGGUGUGUGGCGCUACCUGAACCGCGCCUACGAGAGGGAGGAGUUCACUAACACCUGCCCUGCCGAACGAGAAAUUGAGUUUGCCUAUCUGGAUGUCGCCAAGAAGAUUAAGUAGAUUGUGUGUGUGUAUGUGUGUGUGUGUGUGUGUGUGUGUGUGCAUGUGUGUGUGUGUGUGUGUGUUAUGUAUGUCUGUUUAUGUAUUUUACAGAAAGGUAGAGAUCUAAAAGACAAAGAAUAAGAAAAAAGAGGUGGCAAAAGGACAUGUGUUCAUGCCUAUAUGUGCAUGUUUGUGUGUGUGUGCCUGCAUGUGUGCGUGUGUGUGCAUGUGUGAGUGCGUGCGUGUGUGUGCUGAUGAGUAUGUCUGUGGAUGUGUGUGUGUGUGUGUGCACUCCCCGGUGGUGUUGCAUUGUACUCAUACAGUAUAUAAGUUGUUGGACCCUGAUAUAUCAGGACAUCCAUAGAAUGUGUUGAGUCAGUCAGAGUUUCUUUUAACCAAUGGCAGGGCCAGGAUCCAGUAGAACCAAUGACAUGCUAGCCAUACUGUAUUCCUACACUAAGUUCAUAUACUCAGUACCAAUAGAUAUCCCUUAUAUUGUAUUUCUCAUUGUAUAAACACUAUGGCCUUGAGAGCAGUUAAAGCAAAUGUACCUUUCAAUCAUGCAUUAGAAAAUCAUGCCGUUUACUUCUGCCAUGUAUCUCUGUCUCUUUUAUUUCAUCUAUGAUGAUUCUUUCCUGUUUUUUCUUUUCUUUUGAAGGUAGAAAUAUCUACUAUAAACAUUUUAGAACUCUCAAAAUAUGAAAGGUUGUUUCAGGUCAUGACCUCGGUAGUUUGACCUCUUGCAUUUUCUACUCACACGUUUUGUAAAAGCAAAUUGAUGUGUAUUUACAUUUACAGACUACAUUAAUGACCAUAGUGAGAUCCACUGUUGUAAUUUCCUGUACUCUCUUUUGUAUUGAAUGCCAUUGUCUGGAAGAUCUCAGUGACUCCUCACUCUUAUCUCCCGCCUCAGGUCUAUCUCUAAAGACUAAAUCCUUCAGCUAAUUUCUUGUGUGUUGAUUGUUUUGUUUUUUUGUUGCAUUGAUGACCUGGCAGUGUUAAUAUUUGGAUGCUUUGUAAACGGAGUGAACGCCUUAUCAAUCCCCUGAGAGGAGACCUAAUUAAAGUUGAUUGAAAAACGUGA